AUGACUGAUCCGUUGGAUAUCCCUUUGAUCGAUAUCGCGACCGAGAAUGACCAUGCCGCAGGGAAGGCGAUGCUGGAUGCAGCAGUGAAAUUCGGGUUCCUAUAUGUUGAUAUACUACUACCUGGAAAAGACUCUCAUGUCGGAUCCACCUCUUCGUUUCCCGGUCAGCUAACCUCAGAUACCCAGUCGAAAGAGUUCUUUCACCUUCCUCGCGAUGAAAAGGCCUUAUACAAGCGAGGAUCAGAUAAUAAAGGAUGGGUUGGGAUGAUGGUUGAAACGCUAGACCCUGAACAUCAUGAGGUUUCAAGCGACUUCUUCACUUCUCGACAUGACCCAUCCAAAGGACUAACAGGAAACUCCCUCCGACUUCUAUAUUACCCAGAAGAUGUCACGGGCUACUGCCCCGGGAAAGAUAUUCGAGCCGGCGCCCAUUCAGAUUACGGCAGUGUUACGCUCUUAUUCCAACUACCUGGUCAGCCAGGACUAGAGAUCUUGACACCUGAUGAAAGAUGGGCUCCUGUCCCCAUUUAUCCGAGGGGGGUCGAAAGGAAUUUCCCAUUUCCGCCUAUUCUAGUCAAUAUUGGUGAUAUGCUAAGUUAUUGGACUGAUGGACUGCUCAAGUCAACGGUGCAUCGUGUUGUAUUUCCUAAUGCUGAUGGGGAAAAUCAACUUGAACGUUCCGAGUCACGCGACCGGUAUAGUAUUGCUUUCUUUUGUCAGCCGGUUGAAUCUACGGAGCUUGGGCCGAUACCUAGUGAUUUAGUCACUUCGUAUCGUCAACGAAAGGCGGAGAAUGCAAGUAUCGCUAUCGGGUAUGGUGGAGGGUCCAGUGCUUUGAAUACGAGUCAGAGAACGAUCAUUACAGCGAAGGAACACUUGCAGGCUCGAUUGAAUGCUACUUAUGUUUGA